AUGUCUGAAGAGACCGUCAAACAAUCUUCAGCUUCGGAGGAAAAACCGCCUGUGUCCAUACCCCGCUACUUCCGGAACGAUGCCCCACUAGCACGACGAGAUCCUCAUAAGCAACUACUCUCUUCGUUGGACCGCCUCAUUACCGAGCAUCCGCCUCACCAUGUAGAGCCUGGCGGUGGUCUGUACUAUGGACCCAUCUCGGUGGCUUAUCUAUUCUACGCGCUGCACAAUCUGUACCCGGACCUCAAGCUGGACGACUACCCGUUAAACACCUGGUCAGCAGCCUACAUCGAGCAAGCGCAAACCCACAUCAAAGAUUUUCCGCCGCCGUCUCCGAGCAAAUGCGGUGUCUCGAACGACAUCAUGUCGUUGCUUGCGUUGUAUGCAGUCACGGCACAGGACCCAGACACAGUCAAAGAGCUGUGUGAUCACGCGGCGGUCAUGCUCGAACCAGAAACCAACAACGACUGGAUGUUUGGACGUGCUGGGUAUCUCUAUCUCCUACGUCUUGUUCGUGGAGCAUUUGCGCAUCACAAAGCGACUCUCGAGCUAAUUGAAGACACCGCGGACGAAGUGAUCGACAACAUCAUGGCCAGUCCGCGUCCCUGGAAGUGGCAUGGCAAGGCCUACGUUGGCGCUGUGCAUGGUGCUAUCGGUAUCAUCACGCAGAUUGUGCUCACUGACCCUUCAUGGGCGCCUAAGCUCGAGGCUGAAUUGGGAGCCUUGCUCAGCUACCAAUAUGAGAGUGGUAAUUUCCCGUCGUCACUCCCGCCGGGUCGCGACAGGCUUGUGCAUUUCUGUCACGGCGCACCCGGUGUUGUAUCUUCGCUCUUGUCAAUUCGGCCGUAUUUUCCCGAACUUCAUGAACGUAUCGACCGCGUCAUCACCAAGGGCAGAGAAUGUAUUUGGGAACGAGGUCUCUUGACCAAGGAGCCGUGUCUGUGCCACGGAAUUACGGGCAACGCCCUAGCAUUAGACGGCAAGCAGUUCGAGCAUUUCAUGACCUACACGACGGGACACGAAAUCAAGUCAAUGGGCAAGGAUGGCAUGCUUGAGAAGUCGGAUGAUCCGUCAGCGCUAUGGUGCGGUGAGGCCGGCCGUGCUUGGGCUUGGGCGGUGGCCGACAAACAAAUUGACAAGCGUCUCCUGGGCUACAACGACAUAUGA